GAAGAAUGUAGUAGGGGUAUAAGUGUAAAAGAACUAACAGUCGGUACUGCAAUCUUCUUCUACCUGAAUCUAACCGAAAAGCUUAGUACUCAGCAUAACAACAAAAAGGCGAAGAGGCGUGCAGCCCAAGCCAGAGCCGCCUGAACCCACCCACCCGGCGACCUCCACCCUGCUUACCAACAGAAAGAGAGAGAUCAUUUUCUCUCUCUAACCCCAAAAAUCACCAUUAAAAUCAAUUCUAUGAGAUUUCUACUCUUAGGCCCCUCUUUUUGACCCACCGACUGCCGGCUGUAUAGGAUUUCGGGAAGACGAUCGCCUUUUUCGGGUAGGGGUAGGGUUUAAAUUAUUAAUUUCUUCAGAAGCUUCGCGUAGUUUUAAGCGUGAGUUCGAAGGCUGGUUGAGUGAAUGGAACGUGAUGCGGAAGUCUUUUAAGGAUUCGCUCAAAGCUCUGGAAGCUGAUAUUCAGCACGCUAAUACUCUGGCUUCAGAUCACCCAAGAGCAUAUGGGGGUGCUUGCCUUCAAAUGAGGCUCUCAUACAGUCCCUGUGCUCAUAUGUUUAUGUUUCUUGUUCAAUGGGCUGAUUGUAAACUUGCUGGUGCUCUUGGUUUGAUUAGGAUCCUUGUAUUCAAGGCUUAUGAGAAUGGUAAGACAAGUAUGUGUGUCCAUGAAAGAAAAGCUACCAUAAGAGAGUUUUAUGGUGUGAUAUUCCCUUCACUCUUGCAACUUCAAAGGGGAAUCACUGAUGUGGAAGAGAGGAAGCAGAGGGAGAUAUUUGAGAAUAAGUACAGAAAAGGGGAUGAGGGCAAAAAGGGAAAGUUAUCAGAAAUUGAAGUGGAGAGGGAGGAGGAAUGUGGGAUUUGUUUGGAGUUGGAACCCAAAGUUGUGCUGCCCGGAUGCAACCAUGCUUUGUGUAUGAAAUGCUAUAGAAACUGGCGUGCUCGGUCCCAGUCAUGCCCUUUCUGCCGAGAUAGUCUGAAAAGAGUGAAUUCUGGAGACCUUUGGAUAUGCACCAACUCUCAGGAAGUCAUUGAUUUGGCAGCCAUUUCAAAGGAGAAUUUGAAGCGGCUUCUGUUAUACAUCCAAAGCUUGCCUCUCCUCCCGGCAGAUUCAACACUCGUUUCAUAUGAUCCCGCCUGUAGAUGACAUCCAACUUUUAUAUCAAUAUAUAUACACAAAUAUAUAUUAUUAUUACAAUAUAAAUUAUAGGUUUACAGAUCGUGGUCCUCCCUUUGCACAUAAACCAUCCUAGCCUACAAGGCUACAAUUGCGGAUUUUUUAGUUUUCUUUUAAUAUUAUACUCCGUAUAUUUAGUGUUGGUCAUAGAGACUCAUAGCCUCCAAAUAUUUGGAAGAAGUCAUCUACUUGUAUUUAUUUUACAUACUCCAUUAGUCCGUUAUAGUAAGAAAUUAACUGGGAAAGUUCUCAGAUCUUCUGAGGAAAUUUUUGUUACUUUUGUG